GUGCAGCGGCGGGUGUCUUUUGGCUGGUGAAGACAUUGCAAAGAAUCGGAGCAGUGAGACGCUUGAAGCUGCUCCUUCCACUGUCACUUCUGUUUUACAAAAUGGCAGUGCCACAAGUCCCCAGUCGGAUGCGUCUGCAACUAAUUUGAACACACAGCAAUCGGAAAUUGCAGUUUCCUACGAGGCAGACAGUGCAGCACACGGCACGGGUGCCUGGCGCAUGAGUGUAGACGACUUGCCCGAUGUUAUACUGAUAAAGAUAUUCUCUCACUUGUCUUUCAGAGAGCUACUAGAUGUGGUGCAGAAAGUGUGCUGUCGUUGGAAAAUGUUAUCCAGAGAAGCGGAGUUGUGGACUGAUAUGGAAUUCCAUAUCAAGUACAGCAGUGAUUAUGAUGACGACACGUGGAAGGGCGUAAAGACUGACGGGGAGGCAAUACGGACUUUCUGCGAUCUCCCGAACUUGCGUAAUGUACGAGUGUUUCGCCCUGCCAAAUCCCGUGUCUUCCGUGCGCUCUACAACAGGUGUCGCAGACUGUCCACGCUGCGCCUGCACGCCGCACAGAAGCUCAGCUACUCGGUGCUGGAAAACUUAGUUGAGAAGUGCUCCAGAAUACGCACACUAAGGAUAUCCAACGAACUGCUGAAGUCUGAGAAAUUUUCGGAGGCAGUGUCACGCCUGCAGGACCUCCGUGUGCUGGAGGUGGCAGUGAACUUGAAGGAACCCAUUCCUGUGCUGCGACCUUUGGGUGACGGGUGCCCGCGACUAGUAGAGGUUGACUUUGUGUACACAACUUUAGACAACGAUGAUUUGAAAUACUUCCUGAAUGCCAAGAGAAACACCCUUAAGUGCAUACGUAUAAAUUCGGAGGCAGUGAUCGGAAAACGGUGUGUCCUACCAUUGCUGACCAUCUGUGCUGACAGCUUGGAACGGCUGCAUCUUUAUGAUUUAGACUUACGCCACAGUGAGGUGAGGGAGGCAUUUACUGCACUGAGAAACCUGAAGAACUUGCAAGAACUUGAGAUCUGGGUUUUAUCACUCACUCUAGUGUGGGCGCUCUUGCAUGAUUUCUCAGGCUACACCCACUCCAGCGACUUUUAA